AUGUUUAUCUAUUUAUUGUUUGUUUUGUUGAUGGAAAUUAGUAGAGUGUCAGCUGCGUCAAAAUGUGUUUGGGUUCGCGGAGCUAUUUUAUGCCAUAAAGACCCUUCUAAACAAUUUAAUGUUGAAGUUAGAGUCUAUGAUAGAGAUGGUUUUGGUGUUCUUAAAGUAGUUGAUCCCGAUGAUCUUAUGGGAAUUACUUUCACUGAACCAGACGGCACUUUUCAAUUGGAUGGGUGUGGGAAGGACUUUGAUUGGAUUCCUGGAGUGGUGCCAAACAACCCUGAUCCAUACAUUCAAAUUCUUCAUUAUUGCAACACUCCAAAAGGCGAGACUUUGGAGCUACCUGAAUUUGACACAUUUGUUCCAAGAACCCACGAUGUUGGUAUAGUUAUUUUGGAUUCAAAGAAAACAACAAAUGCCCCAGUUACUUUUCCGACUAUAAACAAACCUAGACAUAAAUUGGCUGAAUCGGAAGAGAAAGAAGGUGGACAGCUGUCUCUUCACCAUUUGCUUACCAAAGAAGUCAUUCCUCCCAAGGACUAUAAAAAUAGUUCUUCCGUUUUGUGGGACUCUUCAAGUAUUGAAUUGGACGAUUCUGACUCUAAAGGUGCUUACUUUCUUUUAUUUUUAAAAUUAAAAAUUCAGAAAACAAAACCUCAAUUUUUGAGGAGCGACGCCCUAAUUUGACAAAAACAAAAUUUUAUAAUAACAACGUAACCGAGGAAAUUUCUACGGAACUUAAACGUG